AUGGCGGCGGCUGGACAGGGCGGGAGAUCUGGUGGCGGCGGAGGCGGUAGUGGGGCUGGCGGCGGCUAUAGCAGCGGGACAGGCAGUGGCCGCAGCGGCUUGUUGGACAAGUGGAAGAUUGAUGAUAAGCCUGUAAAAAUUGAUAAAUGGGAUGGAUCAGCUGUGAAAAAUUCUUUGGAUGAUUCUGCCAAAAAGGUACUUCUGGAAAAGUACAAGUAUGUGGAGAAUUUUGGUUUAAUUGACGGUCGCCUCACCAUCUGUACCAUCUCCUGUUUCUUUGCCAUCGUGGCUUUGAUUUGGGAUUAUAUGCACCCUUUUCCAGAGUCCAAGCCUGUUUUGGCGUUGUGCGUCAUAUCAUAUCCUUUAUUUAUACUCAGGAAAGAUCCUACAGGGAUGGAUCCUGAUGAUAUUUGGCAACUGUCCUCCAGUCUCAAAAGGUUUGAUGACCAAUACACUCUGAAGCUGACCUUCAUCAGUGGGAGAACAAAGCAGCAACGGGAAGCUGAGUUCACCAGGUCCAUUGCUAAGUUUUUUGACCACAGUGGAACACUGGUCAUGGAUGCAUAUGAGCCUGAAAUAUCAAGACUUCAUGACAGUCUUGCUACAGAAAGAAAAAUAAAAUAG